ACUCCGGCCUACGGGAUUUCCCAUAUAUCUCGAGUAUUUUCUUGGUGGACAGUAGUAACAUGGUAGUGCACGAGCCGUGCGUAAUUGCGGACCACUUUAUUCCUCGGAUGAGGAAAACCAGACAACACUUGUUCCCAUCCCAGAUAGUGAGAAUUGGGAGAAAAAACUCAACACAUCAUCACCUCCUCUCCUUCUCUCUCUCGAACAGUCAAACCUCCACCCCUCUCCUCUACUUCAAUCCUUCCACCACCGCCGCCGCCGCCGCCAAUCCCAAUUCCCACACUUCACCCAUGACCGAACCAGCCCAAACCCAAACCCCAACUCAACCCCACCAUGACUCCACCACCACCACCCCCACCCCACCCUCACCCACCACCACAACCGCAGCCUCCGCCAAUGCCCCUCCGCAAAACCCCGCACCCAUCACCAAAAUCCCCUUCCGCCCCAGAAAAACCCGGAAACUCUCCCCCGAUCCCAACCCCCCUUCUCCCUCCUCCUCCGAAAAAAGCCCUAGACCAAAACCCACCACGAAAAGAACCAAGACCACGCCCCUCCACCCCAAGCCCUUGCAGCAGCAGAAACCGAUCGUCCCUGCCGCCGCCGCGCGAUCCCUCUCCUGCGACGGCGAGAUCGACGCCGCCCUCCGCCACCUCCGCGCGGCCGACCCCGUCCUCUCUCCCGUAAUCUCUCUCCACCGCCCCCCCACCUUCGACUCCACCACCCACCCCCCUUUCCUCGCCCUCGCCAAAUCCAUCCUCUACCAGCAGCUCGCCUACAAGGCCGGCACCUCCAUCUACACCCGCUUCGUCUCCCUCUGUGGCGGUGAAAACGGCGUUGUUCCGGCUACCGUUCUAGCCCUAACCCCGCCCCAGCUCCGCCAGAUCGGUGUAUCGGGUCGGAAAGCAAGUUACUUGCACGACCUAGCGAGAAAGUACCAAAAUGGGAUUCUGUCGGAUGAGGGCAUUGUUGAUUUGGAUGAUAAGUCUUUGUUUACCAUGUUGACCAUGGUUAACGGGAUUGGGUCGUGGUCGGUUCACAUGUUUAUGAUUUUUUCGCUUCAUAGACCGGAUGUGCUUCCCAUUAACGAUUUAGGGGUGAGGAAAGGGGUGCAGUUGCUUUAUGGUUUGGAGGAGUUGCCGAGGCCAUCGCAGAUGGAGCAGUUGUGUGAGAAGUGGCGGCCGUAUCGGUCCGUUGGGGCAUGGUAUAUGUGGAGGUUGGUGGAGGCAAAGGGGCCGCCCCAACCGGUUUCAACGAGUGGUGGUGGGGCGGUGCCGGCUGGCAGUACAUUGCAGUUGCAGAAUCAGGAGGAAGAGCCACAGCAGCAGCAGCAGUUUAUGGAUCCUAUAAAUGGCAUUCUCAAUAUAGGGGCCUGUGCAUGGGGACAAUGAUAGCCAAGGCGCUUGCGAAACUGAAAUUCUCUGCCCUUGGAAUCAGAUGUGUUCUCAUGAUUAUGUUCUUCCGUCAAGCCACUGUGAGAAGGCUCGAAAGCAAUCGCGAAGGAUACUACUAUUGGGUUACACAAAUCUUGAGUCAUUGAGGCUCUGCAGAUGAGUUUUUAAACUGAUAUCUAGUGAAUCAGUCCUGGGUUUCAUUGUACACACUUGUAAUGCUCUAGUAUUGUUAAUUUUAUUUCAUAGUAACACUUGGAAGCUGAUGUAUCGGUAUUUUCACAUUCUGAUGCUGUUUGUCCAUUGUUAAUUUGACGCUGGGUUCUCUAGGAGACCACUAGUCUACUGCUAACCCAUGCCUCUCAACUUCCUG